GGGGCACUCGUGCGGGGGACGCUAGGACCCAGCCCCCCCCCCCCCGGUACCCAGCGCAGCCCGGCCAUGGCGAGCCAGUCGCAGGGAAUCCAGCAGCUGCUGCAGGCGGAGAAGCGGGCGGCCGAGAAGGUGGCGGAAGCCCGAAAACGGAAGGCCCGGCGGCUGAGGCAGGCAAAGGAGAAGGCGCAGGUGGAGAUCGAGGGGUACCGGCUGGAGCGGGAGCGGGAUUUCCAGCAGAAGCAGCAGGCGGCGCUGGGCUCCCGGGGCCACGUGUGCGCAGAGGUGGAGUUGCAGACGCGCCGGCGGGUCCAGGCUAUGCAGGGGGGCCAGGCCCAGGGCAAGGAGCGGGUCCUGCGCCAGCUGCUGGUCCUGGUGUGCGCCGUGCGCCCCCAGCUGCACCCCAACUACCACCUGGCCGCCUAGGGGCUGCCCCAUGGCCCCUGACUCCACCCGCCCUGUCCCUCAGCUCCACCCCCUGCCCCCAGCUGUACCCCAACUACUGCCUGGCCGCCUAGGGCUGCCCAUGGUCCCUGGCUCCGCCCCCCUGCCCCUCAGCUCCACCCCUGCCUCCGGCUCCGCCCCUUCCCCCAACUGCACCCCAACUACCGCCUGACCACCUAGGGGCUGCCCCAUUCCCCCCAGCUCCGCGCCCUGUCCCAAGCUCCACCCCAAUUACUGCCUGGCUGCCUAGGGGCUGCCCCAUGGCCCCCAGCUCCACCCCCUGCCUCCGGCUCCACCCCCUGCCCCCAGCUGCACCACAACUACCGCCUGGCCGCCUAGGGGUUGCCCCAUGGCCCCCAGCUCCGCCCCCUGCCCAGCAGCUCCGCCCCCUGCCUCCGGCUCUUCCCCCUGCUCCCCAGCUGCUCCCCAACUGGGGGCCAGAGCUCCCAGCCCCUUGCUCCCCCAUGAGCUCUUGUGGGUGUGCCCUGAUCCCUAAUGAACUGAUUGCCCCCUGAACCCUUAAACCCGUCCCCUCCAGCUGUACCCAAAUAUCCCAGCUGUCCCCCCAAACUGCCCUAUCCAUCCCCCCAAACUGCCCUAUCCAGCUAUACCCCCCGCCCCUCCCCACCAUCUGUCCCCCUAUAUUCCAACCCCGCAGGGUCUCUUGCACUGAUUGUGCCUGUGAAAUGUGAAUAAACAGUGACCAGUGGA